AGUGCCUAUUUUUAAUAGUAGGCGUGGUUAAACAAUAUGGCGGCAAAUGAGGAGGACAAAAUGUCAUGGAGCACAAUUACUCUAGAGAAGAAGGAACUCUCACUGGCUGAUGUUCUUCCAACUGGGCAGACAUUUAGAUGGUAUAAGACGAGAGAUGAUCCUGAGGAAUGGUCUGGAGUCAUUAAAGGAAGGGUCUUCAUUCUACAGCAAACAGAAAAUGAAUUAAAAUAUCACGUUCACAGCGUCAAAACGACGUCUAGUUCCAAUGAAGAAGAUUUGUUGACACUCAAAGAAUAUUUUCAACUAGACACAAUCUCACUAUCAAAGCUCUAUUCUGAUUGGUCGGAGGUUGAUGAGACAAUGCGCGAGGUUUGUCAUGAGUGUCCCGGUGUUCGAAUAUUGGGUCAAGAUCCCCUGGAGACCCUAAUAUCAUUUAUAUGUUCAUCAAAUAACAAUAUAUCCCGUAUAUCACUAAUGAUCAAUAGACUCUCAAGACACUUUGGAGCCUCGCUAGGAACCCACAGAGGAACAGAGUUCUAUUCCUUUCCUUCAGUUGAGUCUCUCUCCCGUCCUGGCCUUGAGGAUAAACUACGUGAAUUAGGAUUUGGCUACAGAGCUAAGUAUGUUUCUGGAGCUGUGAGCUACUUGUCCUCUCAGCCUAGCAACUGGCUUGAGUCCCUCCAGGAUCUCAGUUAUCUCGAGGCUUGGGAAGCCCUUCAGAUUAUUCCAGGGGUGGGUCCUAAGGUCUCUGAUUGUGUGUGUCUCAUGGGACUACGGAAGUACGAGGCUGUACCCGUUGAUGUUCACAUGUGGCGGGUCUCAGAGAGACUGUAUGGCUUUAAAGGUGCAGGGAAAAACCUGUCAAUAGCACUCUACAAGGAGAUAGGUGACAUGUUUAGAAGUCGAUAUGGUAGCUAUGCAGGGAUUGCUCAGGCUGUGUUGUUUAGGAGAGAAAUAUCAAAAGGGAGAAAAUAAAUGAUGAAAUGAACUUAUAUUGGUUCAGUUUAAGUCUGUGUAUAUUAUAUGUUAACAUUAUUAGAUAUUAUACCCUGUGGAAUUUGAGGAA